AUGUUCAUACGCAGCCAAAACGGGGUGAGCAGUUGGGUGACACUCAAGCAAGCAUUGUGUAUGGAAUUCGGCACAGCUGCUUCAUCGUUCGAAGUUCAUCGAUUGCUGAAAAAUCGUCGAAAACGCCAGAAUGAAGACUACUUGGAGUACCUCUACAGCUUGAUGGAAAUCGGAGAAUCGUUUAUAAGUUUAAACUAUCAAUCCCGUCUAUCAACGUCGUUCAUCUGCCGGACUAUACCAGAGGUGUGUGAAGCAAUUUAUGGGAAGUUGAAAGAAUCGUUUUUGCAGGUACCAAGUAACGCUUUAGAAUGGGAACUCAUAUCCAAGGAUUUUGCUAUAAAAUGGCAAUUUCCAAACUGUCUGGGUGCUUUGGACGGAAAGCACAUUAACUUUCGAGUCUCGCGUACGCAAGGUGCUUUCUAUCACAAUUACAAGGGCACCAACAGCAUAAUUUUAUUGGCUCUUGUUGAUGCCCACUGCCGAUUUUUAUUUGUGGAUGUAGGAACAAAUGGACGUGCAAACGAUGCCGGUGUGCUACAACGAAGUCCACUCAAACAAAUUCUAGAAAACGAAGAAAGCUUGCCACGAGACUCUGCAGUGGGUAGAAGACGUAAUUUGCCGUACGUCGUCGUAGCGGAUGAUGCUUUCCCUCUACAGAGACACAUUAUGAAACAUUAUCCAUAUCAUACGAACAACAAAAAGAAGCAAAUAUAUAACUUACGUUUAUCACGAGCAAGACACGUCGUAGAGCAUGCUUUUGGCAUACUUUGUAAUAGAUUCCGUGUUUUUUUAACAACUAUGAACGUAAAGGUUGAGACAGUUGAAAAAAUCACUUUGGCGUGUAUCGUGCUUCACAAUUUUCUCUUGCAAGCUGACCAUAAUUACAUAAAUUCCUAUACUUCGAAUAGCAGUACUACGCUGAGUACUGCUUCAGAUGGGCCAUAUAAUCCACGUAAAGGAGAAGCCGAACGCAUUAGACAGGAUUUUACUGAAUACUUCUGCGAAGAAGGCAAAUUAGACUGGGUUAAUCAGAAGUUAAAUUAA